AGCCAGGAACCCUGGGAGCCUCUGCAAGCGCAACAACAGCCGACACGCCGUGAAGAAGACAACAAGAAGUCUUUUUAUUAUUAUUACUAUUUCGCUGAAAGCAAGUGCGCUGGGGGGAAGCAGGGCUAUGACAUGCGAAUAGAGAGCCGCAGACUUUGUGAGUGUUAACGCAGGCGGAUCCUGCUUUUAUUCCGAGAUGAAUAAAGACUUGAAGAUCGCCGUGCCUGUGCUCUUCCUCGCCCUGUGUGUCGCGGUGCAGCGAUCCGACUCUGCGGCUUGCCAUGGAUGUGCGGGAUCCAAAUGUGACUGCAGUGGAGUAAAAGGAGCCAAGGGUGAGCGGGGUUUUCCAGGUCUCACGGGACAGCCAGGAGUACCAGGAUUCCCCGGACCGGAAGGGCCGAUCGGACCCAGAGGAGAGAAGGGUAGCGAUGGACCUCAAGGACAGUUUGGCCCAAAAGGAAUAAGAGGCCCUUCUGGAUUGCCAGGAUUUCCAGGAACACCAGGACUUCCAGGUCUGCCCGGGCAGGAUGGACCUCCAGGCCCGAGAGGAGUGCCGGGUUGCAACGGGACAAAGGGUGAGAGGGGUUUCCCAGGACUUUCAGUCCCCGGACAGCAAGGACUCCAGGGUCCACCUGGUCUGCCAGGACCAAAGGGAGACCCAGGCGACGUGAUCUCCACCAACCGUUUCGGAGAUAAAGGAGCAGUGGGAUUGCCUGGAUUGCCAGGAGCUCCAGGCCCUUCUGGACCCCCCGGAUUGCAAGGUCCGCAGGGCCCUCCAGGAGCCAGAGGCUAUGAGGGUCGUCCAGGUCCUCCCGGUCUUCCUGGGCCAAAGGGAAACAUGGGAUUGAAUUUCCAAGGACCCAAAGGAGAGAAGGGUGAGCCAGGUUUGCCAGGACCUCCAGGUCCUCCAGGGCAAGUUGGAGAGCAGAAAAGGCCACCUGAGACAGAGAUUCAGAGAGGAGACAAGGGUGACCCAGGUCUUCCAGGUCCCAUGGGUGAUCCAGGCUAUCCAGGACCUCCUGGUCCCUCGGGUGGACAGAAAGGAGACAAGGGAGAACCAGGAGAUCCAGGCAAACGAGGCAAACCAGGCAAAGACGGUGACCCUGGCCCUCCAGGCUUCCCCGGUGUCAAAGGAGAACCAGGCCUGCCCGGUCCUGCUGGCAGGGAUGGAGAGAGAGGAAUGAAAGGUGACCGUGGAUACCCGGGCCCACCAGGAGUGGUGAUCGGUGGACAGACGGGAGGUCGGGUCGGUCCUAAAGGUGAGCCCGGGUACCCCGGAGCACCUGGAGUCAAAGGAGAGAGAGGACCACCAGGUUUAUCAGGACCUCCAGGAACUCCAGGACUUCCAGCUAUUGGUGGCAGUGGUCCACCUGGACCUCCAGGCUUCCCUGGAGAGAGAGGUCAGAAGGGAGACUCUGGCGCUCCAGGGCUGUCUUUACCAGGACCCCCAGGACGUCCGGGAACUCCUGGUUCCCCGGGUCAACCAGGGCCUCCUGGACCUCCAGGCUAUUCCACAGGAGGAACAAACUGCAUCGUCGGGGAGCCCGGGCUUCCCGGCUUGCAGGGAGAGAGAGGUUACCCAGGAGAGACGGGCGAGAAAGGUGAGAAGGGUGACACCUGUGUGAACUGCUUUGGCAGCUCCAACCCCAUCCCAGGACCCCCAGGACCUCCAGGACAGCCGGGAUUCCCUGGAUCUCCUGGAGCUCAAGGUAUCAAAGGAGACAGAGGAUUUCAAGGAACACCCGGUGCUGUUGGACCUCCUGGUUCCCCCGGUCCUCAGGGUGCUCCAGGAUUCCCCGGAGAGAAGGGAGACCCAGGCGAUGCCAUCAUAGUCGACGGUGUGAGGGGAGAGAAGGGUGACACCGGUUUCCCUGGACCACCUGGUCUGCCCGGUCUGGACGGUCGACCCGGUCGUGAUGGACAGCCUGGAUCUCCUGGACCCAAAGGAGCUCCUGGCUCUCUGCUGGUAAAAGGAGAACGAGGGCCCCCCGGUGAGCCUGGCCCCCAAGGUAUUCCCGGAGACAGGGGUCCCCCAGGACCCCCUGGCUUCGGACCUCAGGGAUCUCCAGGAGAAAAAGGUGUCCAGGGUGUCUCAGGAAGACCCGGAGGUCCCGGCAUACCCGGUGCUAAAGGUGAACCAGGCCUAUCAGUGGCUGAGAAAGGCUUACCAGGACCCAGAGGACAGGACGGCGAGCCAGGACGGCCCGGCUCACCAGGUAGCCCAGGUCCCCCCGGACAGAAUGGUUUCCCUGGUUUACCAGGAGCGAAGGGUGACCCUGGACUCCCAGGUAUCGGACUUCCAGGACCCCCAGGAGCUAAAGGAUUCCCAGGUGUUGCCGGCCAGCCAGGAGCUCCUGCAGCACCAGGCAGACCAGGAGUAGAUGGACUCCCUGGCCAGCCUGGAUUUCCUGGACCCAAGGGCGAGCCUGGCUUUGGUCUUCCUGGCCCCCCCGGUUUACCAGGAGUACCUGGAGCUAAAGGUUUCCCCGGACCAAAGGGAGAUCCUGGUUUCCCUGGCGGCCCCGGUUCACCUGGACGAUCUGGAUUUGAUGGCGCUCCAGGAGCUAAAGGCGAGCCUGGUAUACCUGGUAAUCCCGGAGCUCGUGGCCCACCUGGACCCACCAUCAACGGCGCACUGGGGCCACCCGGACCACCUGGACCGCCUGGACCAAUGGGACCACCAGGCGAGAAAGGAUUCCCUGGAUCAAACGGAGAGAAGGGAGACCCAGGCCCUCCAGGUCUAGAUAUCCCAGGUCUGCCGGGAGACAGAGGAAGUCCCGGGUUCCCAGGUUCCCCGGGACCAAUCGGAACCCCAGGACCUCCUGGAGGACCUGGACGAGAUGGCCUCCCUGGACUGCCAGGUCAAAAAGGAGACAUGGGUCCCAUGGGCUCACCAGGACCUUCUGGAGGACCAGGAGCUCCAGGAUUACCUGGCACUGUUGGACUUAAAGGUGAACCUGGAUUCCCAGGCAGAGAUGGUGGACCCGGUCGUCCCGGAGCUAAAGGAGACAAAGGCGAAGCCGGUCUCCAGGGACCACCUGGAGAGCAACGGAUCGUGAAGGGAAUCAAAGGAGAUCCUGGACUACCAGGUUCAACAGGUCUUCCAGGUCAGAAAGGCAUCGCUGGUCUCUCCGGAGACCCCGGACUGCCAGGAUCAGAUGGACGCCCUGGACUCCCCGGACCACCAGGUCCUAAAGGAGAUCCUGGUAUCCCAGGAAGCCCAGGUGCUCCUGGAAGUCCUGGCCUAAAAGGUGCCAUGGGAGAAAUGGGAUUUCCAGGACCGUCAGGGCAGAAGGGUCAAAUAGGUCAACCAGGUAGGUCUGGAACCCCGGGACAGCCAGGAGGACCUGGUUUCCCUGGAGCCAAAGGCGAACCAGGCUCUGCUGGAGUUGGACCACCUGGACAAACUGGACCCAAGGGUGAACCAGGCCAGCCAGGGUUCCCAGGAAGUCCAGGACUGAAAGGAACUCCAGGAUCACCAGGUCUCCCAGGUUUACCAGGAGGGCCAGGUACUAAAGGCGACCCCGGCCUCCCAGGAUUCCAAGGUUCUCCCGGUAUCCCUGGUCCCAAGGGUCUUGACGGUGGGCCCGGUGCCCCAGGUCUCACUGGAGCUCCCGGUAGACCAGGAGAGUCCGGCCGACCAGGAGGAUCAGGGUUGCCAGGAGAGAAGGGUCAGGCAGGACGGGACGGGAUUCCGGGACCGGCUGGAGUCAAAGGAGAGCCAGGGCCUCCUGGUUAUGGUGGUCCCGGUCCCGCUGGGCUUCCAGGUUUGCCAGGUACAAAGGGAGACCCAGGUCUUCCUGGCCCACCUGGCAGUCCUGGUUUCUCAGGCAUUAAAGGAGAUGUUGGUUUCCCCGGCCCCCCUGGUCCUGCAGGCAGCAGCGGUCCUCCUGGGCCCCCAGGACUGGCUCUGCAGGGCCCCAAAGGACUCCAAGGACCCCCUGGACCCCCUGGAAGAGCAGGUCCCCCAGGUCCUCCAGGUGCACCUGGCCCAGAGGGUCCUCGUGGGCCCGCGGGAAGUGGAGGCGUGAAGGGAGAGAAGGGCAUUCCCGGUUCUCCUGGUCAGCCAGGCUUCCCCGGACAGAAGGGAGAUGUUGGUGUUCCCGGCUUCCCAGGUCCCUCUGGUCUUCCCGGUGGCCCUGGUAUGAAGGGAGAUAUCGGUCUGCCUGGCGUUCCCGGAUUCCCUGGACCAAAGGGAGACCCAGGACUCCCCGGUGCCAUUGGCCUUCCUGGAGAUCCUGGAGAUUUCGGAAUCCCGGGCCCUCCUGGUGACCCUGGUAUAGCUCCGCCUCCCCUCGUGGUGAAGGGAGAACGAGGACCCCCUGGUCCUCCGGGCCAGACUGGUGGUCAGGGACCACCUGGCCUUCCUGGGCGUGAGGGACUUCCAGGUCAACCUGGUGACCCUGGGGAACCUGGUGCGGAGGGUCCUCCUGGUUUCAGCGGCCCACCUGGCAGGAAGGGAGACAGCGGACCUGCCGGUCAGCCUGGUCAACCAGGCUUCACCGGUCCCCCUGGUUCAGACGGUCCACAGGGGCCUCCUGGUCUUCCAGGAUCAGUCUCUGCAGCCCAUGGCUUCCUCAUCACCAGACACAGCCAAGGACAGGAUGUGCCUAUUUGUCCCCCUGGAACUAACGUGAUCUACGAUGGCUACUCGUUGCUGUAUGUGCAGGGCAACGAGAGGGCACACGGACAGGACCUUGGCUCGGCCGGCAGCUGUCUGCGCAGGUUCAGCACCAUGCCCUUCAUGUUCUGCAACAUCAACAACGUCUGCAAUUUUGCCUCCCGUAAUGACUACUCGUACUGGCUGUCAACACCAGAACCCAUGCCCAUGUCCAUGGCUCCCAUCACUGGAGAGAGCAUCAAGCCUUACAUCAGCAGGUGUUCAGUAUGUGAAGCGCCAGCCAUGGUGAUUGCAAUCCACAGUCAAACCAUCACGAUUCCCUCUUGCCCUUCGAAUUGGGAAACUCUGUGGAUAGGAUACUCCUUCAUGAUGCACACUAGCGCGGGUGCGGAGGGCUCCGGUCAGGCCCUGGCCUCCCCCGGCUCCUGCCUGGAGGAGUUCCGCAGCGCUCCCUUCAUAGAGUGCCAUGGCAGAGGGACGUGCAACUACUACGGCAACUCUUACAGCUUCUGGCUGGCCACUGUUGAAAAGAAUGAGAUGUUCAGGAAGCCCCAGUCGGAGACUCUGAAAGCGGGUAACCUACGGACACGCGUCAGCCGUUGCGUAGUCUGCAUGAAGAGGACGUAACGGCACACGGCAACGAGCGAACCCACCGUUGCCUGGGACAACCGAUUGAUAAGAGAUGAUUGGAUAACGGGGUCAAGUAGGGGGGUGGUGGCCACAGCGACGGAUAGGCCGUCGGCCAUGGUGACACGGUGGAAUUCCAAUGGUGCAUUGUCUUCCGGGAAAAAAAAAAAAAAAACUACAACUAAAACAAUGGUGCUACUGUGCAACACAGCUUAUAAAGAAAAAAGAAAAAACGGACGUAAAUAAAUCUUACAUUUAGUCUUUGUUUUUCUUAAGAAGUACCUCAAAAUGAAAGCAGAAAAAAAUCCAUGAUGGAUGUGUGACAAACAAAAGUGCAUUUUUCAUUUCUUUUCCCUUCUUUCCCAAAAGGAUCGUUGUUUCCUUUCUCUUAAAAAAAACAAAAAUUCACUUUUGAUCUGGGUGCAACAACAAUGUGAUACUGCGCAUCCAUUUCUAGACAGAAGUGCUCUUCUUUUUUGUUUUUUGUUUUGUUUUUGGCCUUAUUGUUGAGGAGUGGAUGGUCUUCACGGUUACCAAAUCGGCACUUUGACUUCGGAACAUCCAAGAUGAGAGAUGCACUGACGACGAGCUUUCCUUAGUGAGACUGACUGCCUUUUUGUAUUACUAGCUCUUCAUUCACACGCUGUGUCUCCCUGUCAUUUUUCUGUUGUUUAACUAACCCUGCUGUAGCCGCCUUCUAACCAUCAGCCUACACCUUCUUUCACUUAACCUUUUUUUUUGUAAGUAAUAAAAUGUGUAUAUUAUGUAAAACACCUUUUGUUAUAGUGUAUUAGGUCCUGAAUCUGUACCAGCUUUUUGUUAUAAGACAAUUUUCCAGGUUCUUAAUAGCUCACACACACUCACACGUUCACACACAGACACACACACGCACUCAUUCAUUCACUUCGUUGCUCACUGACACACAUCAUUGUACAAAGUAAGGCUUUUAUGAAUGAAACAGUAUUUUAUAUAUAAUAAAUAUAUAUUUGAAAAAAGAGGAUAAAAGGUAUAUAAACUUUAUUCGGCUGUGGGGAGAUUGUUCACUGUUUUCAAACACAAACGAAGGUCAGGCAUUUCACCGAAAAGUAAAGCCAACUACUGAGCACAGACAGAGCCAUUUUCCCUAAAACAUAACAGACUUGUAUGAUAUUAAUGAUGCCAAUCGCUUAAAAUCUUUUGUAUUCAAUUUGUAGAGUUAAUAAAUGUUGAACUGAAAUAAAGGGGAUUUGCUUUUAGGUAGUCUAAUGAUUGGGGAAUGUUACAGAUAUUUGUGCAAAAAGGAUUUGAAUUAAAUCUUGGCUCCUUGAUUAGAAAAAACUUGAUAUUUGUUUUGUGUUUUUUAACAUUUCCAGGUGCUGGGCUUUGCUGUAAAAAGAAGGCCUGAGGUUUUGGGGACCCCACAUUUUGCACCCCAAAACCUUCAAAUCCACUUUCGCUGGCUUGAAUUUGUAUCCAAAAUUGGUUCAAGUGUUCACACUCGACCCUGUUGAAACACAGGUUGAAGUGUCUGUACAUUUAAAUCAGGUGUAACGUCCCCUGAUGUGGCGCUUCUCUCACAUCAGGUGUACAGACUCCUGAUACUGUAAGUCUACAAGAGCUGUUUUAGGGGGAAAGAAAUGUUUUCCUGUGAUUUUAUUGUUAUUUUUAUUUUCUCAAAACUUCUUUUAUGAAUUCUAAUUUUGUCAACCUGGGUGCGAUUUAAAAAUGUGUUAUUUUUUUUUUAUUUUUUUUUUUCAUGUUGUUAUCCAGAAGUUGUUAUAAACUUUUAUGACUGAAAUAAAUAUUAUGUCCGAA